AUGACUGAACCGGGUGAAAAUAUCAAAAAUAUGGAUACUACUGAAUCUCACCAGGCCUCAACACUUAAUCCGACCUACAAUCAACGCCGCACCUCAAGUCCAAAUUAUGGCACAUCAAAUCGCAGCAUGAUUGCGGUGAUUGUUUAUUUGGCCCUACUAUUGGAUAAUGUUCUGCUAACAGUUAUUGUGCCCAUUUUGCCCGAUUAUCUUGCUAACAUAAACAAUAGAACACUGGUGCUGCUGCCACCAACGGCAUAUCCAGUGACAGGAACAGGAAAAACAACUGGUUCACAGCCAAUUCAGCAUGUCAUGACAAAGCAUCCGAUACCGGGCAAAUCGAUGGUUAAUUUUUCACUAAUACAUUUGGCAACGGAUGAUAAUGGAAAAUUCUUGCUAUCGACAUCGUCGCUGACGACCGACCAACAACAAAGUAACAGUGGAAAUUCUUUAAAAUUGGGUUACAACAGCAACAGCAGCAGCAAUGCCAAAGAUAAAGGAUUAAGGGGACAUUCGCAGCAGCAGAAUGGCAACGAUGGUCGGAAGAACGAUGGCGCUGAUAAGGAGUUGUUGGAAAGUGAAAAUGGUUCUAUUGGUGUUCUGUUGGCCAUGAAGGCAUUGGUCCAAUUGAUAUUUAAUCCAAUUGUUGGAAAUCUCUCUAUAAAAUAUGGUUAUCGUUUGCCGAUAGUUAUGGGUACAUUUUUCCUGCUCAUCUCUUCGUUGGUUUUUGCUGUUGGUGAAACAUAUGGUACAUUGUUAAUUGCCCGUUCGGUUCAGGGUAUUGGAUCAGCUUGCAUUGGUGUAUGCGGCAUGAGUUUGGUGGCUCAGCACUAUCCCGAAGAAGAUCGUCGUUCCAAAAUAAUGGGUAUUAUAUUGGGUAGUAUUGCUUUGGGUGUCUUAUUGGGCUAUCCCUUCGGUGGGAUACUGUAUGACCUGUUUGGCAAAUCGGCACCAUUUAUAAUACUCUCAACUAUUAUUUUUAUUAAUUUGGGUUUACAACUUAUAACAAUGGAUUUAUCUGUACAAUCGGAGGCCGUUGUCGAUGUGGAUCAACAGCAAAAACCCAAAUGGAAACCAUUGCUUCAAUGUAAGAUGAUUUUGGCGAUUGUAAUUGCAAUAUGGUUUUCAACGUCGACCAUGGCAAUAUUGGAACCUUGUCUCCCCUUGUGGCUAAUGACUAAUUUGAAACCCAAUAAAUGGCAAUUGGGCACGGUUUUUAUACCAGAUUCGGUUGGUUAUUUUGUCGGUACAAACUUUUUUGGUUCCAUCGCCUAUAGAUUUGGCCAAAUCAAAGUGUCCUGUAUAUCGCUAUUGCUUGUGGGAAUAUCAUCGAUUUUGAUCCCCACAGCAACAACGGUGUCGCAAUUACUCUUACCGCAUUUUGGAUUGGGCUUGGGUAUUGGUAUAAUUGAUGCUGCGUUGGUGCCACUAUUGGCAACAUUUGUCGAUGCAACCUUAUCUUCGGCUGACGAUGAACAAAUGGAAACAACCGAUACACGAAGUACACAUUCUAUGUCUAGUUAUGGCAGCGUCUAUGCCAUACAACAGACAUCGGUGAGUUUGGCCUAUUGUUUGGCACCCCUAUUGGGCGGGGAGUUGGCUCAGGCAUUUGGUUUUGUUUGGUUAAUGCGAAUUGUGGGAAUUUUCAAUAUUAUCUAUGGUCCGAUAUUGGUGUAUCUCUACUAUAAAUAUGAUCCGAAGAUUUUGCGUGACAAACAACAUGAAAUGUUGCUAAGUGGUGGCAGUUAUGGCCGUGGUAGUAAAUAUAAACAACUGUAUAAUUCCGUUGACAAUGAAUAG